CCAUAGAGGUCUAUAAUUGGUAAAAAUGUAAAACACGAAAAGUUGUUAGGAGUAUCAGUUGAUGAUUGUAUGUCCUGGGAUUACCAGUUCUCAAUAGUAUGUAGAAAAAUCUCAUGUCAAAUUUUUCAAAUGAAAAAGAUAAAACCAUUUUUAAGCCAGACUUCCUGUAUUACGUUUUUAACUGUUUUAUCAAUCCUCAUAUUGACUACUGUGCUACUCUCUGCGGCAACAGUUCAAAAAAGAAUAUUGUUAAGUUGGAGCGCCUUCAGAAGAGAGCAGCCAGAAUUAUUUUAAAUUGUGACUUUUUAACUCCAUCUAAUGACAUGUUUAAAAUACUAAGAUGGCUGCCUUUUUAGCAAAAGGAUUUUAUAUAGUCAGUCUGUUUUUAUGUACAAGAUACUUAACGAUCUAGCUCCACAAAAUUUAAAUUGCUUUACUAGCAUAUCUGAUGUCCAUUGUAGGUCUACCAGAUUCUCAAACACAAAUGUUUUUUACUUACCAUCUCACCAUACAAAUACUUUCAAAAGUCUUUUAAAUAUCAAGGAGCUCAUACAUGGAAUCUUUUACCAAGUAAUGUGAGAAACUGUUCAACACUUUUAUCUUUUAAGAAAGCAGCAAAGACUUUUUUAUGGAGUAAUCUGUAAUCUUGCCGUAGUUGUACUUUUAUCCUUUACAUUAAAUGACGGCUCCAAAAUUAUGUUAAAUCAUAUGUUAUAGUAUUAUUCUUUUAUAUGUUGUAAAUAUUGUAUAUUCUAUUACUUAUCUUGACCAUGUGUAAGACGAGCUUUUAAGCUCAACAUGUUAUCAAGUAUAAAUAAAGACCAUUAUUAUUAUUAUAUUGCACAGCAUAACACCCGAUACUUGAUUCAGUUUUAAUUUGACUUUUUGCUGUAUCCACGUCUUCAAUUGAGUAGCUCUAUCCUCUCUAACCCCUUCGCUCUUCCUUUUCGACAUCCCGUAAGAACAAUUAAGUUUCCAUUCCCAGACGCGAUUGGUCUGUCCAUGCCGUCUACGAGAGUCCCCCUUUCGUGUUCAUGGUGUACUCUACUCCUUCUACUUAUCCCCUCUUUUCUCUGUCCAGAUGAGUUAUCUUCAUCCCUGUACGAAAGAGCUCUCACGUUUACCACCUCAGCGACCUCCCUUAAGGGUUUCCGUUCUACUUCAAUUGGAGUUCCUCUUUCCCCGCCCAAAGUUGUCUUGCCACUCGAUCUACGGAAGUUCCUCUUUCCCCGCCCAAAGUUGUCUUUCCACUCGAUCUACGGGAGUUCCUCUUUCCCCGCCCAAAGUUGUCUUUCCACUCGAUCUACGGGAGUUCCUCUUUCCCCGCCCAAAGUUGUCUUUCCACUCGAUCUACGGGAGUUCCUCUUUCCCCGCCCAAAGUUGUCUUUCCACUCGAUCAUCAGGAGUUCCUCUUUCCCCGCCCAAAGUUGUCUUUCCAUUCGAUCUACGGAAGUUCCUCUUUCCCCGCCCAAAGUUGUCUUUCCACUCGGUCUACGGGAGUUCCUCUUUCCCCGCCCAAAGUUGUCUUUCCAUUCGAUCUACGGGAGUUCCUCUUUCCCCGCCCAAAGUUGUCUUUCCACUCGGUCUACGGGAGUUCCUCUUUCCCCGCCCAAAGUUGUCUUUCCACUCGAUCUACGGGAGUUCCUCUUUCCCCGCCCAAAGUUGUCUUUCCACUCGAUCUACGGGAGUUCCUCUUUCCCCGCCCAAAGUUGUCUUUCCACUCGAUCUACGGGAGUUCCUCUUUCCCCGCCCAAAGUUGUCUUUCCAUUCGAUCUACGGGAGUUCCUCUUUCCCCGCCCAAAGUUGUCUUUCCACUCGGUCUACGGGAGUUCCUCUUUCCCCACCCUAAGUUGUCUUUCCACUCGGUCCACGGGAGUUCCUCUUUCCCCGUUUAUAGCUGGUCUAUCCGCUCUGUCUAUGGGAGUUCCCCUUUGCUGUCCAUGGUGUCCUCCACUCCGUCUACGACAGUUCCCAUUCUCCAUCCAGAGGAGUUUCCUUAUCCACAAAGAGUGGAGUUCUCACUUUUUAUCUCCUCAGCGACCUCCCAUAAGGGUUUCCGUUCUACUUCAAUUGGAGUUCCUCUUUCCCCACCCAAAGUUGUCUUUCCACUCGGACUACAGGAGUUCCUCUUUCCCCGCCCAAAGUUGUCUUUCCACUUGAUCUACGGGAGUUCCUCUUUCCCCGCCCAAAGUUGUCUUUCCACUCGGUCCACGGGAGUUCCUCUUUCCCCGUUUAUAGCUGGUCUACCUACUCUGUCUGUGGGAGUUUCCCAUUGCUGUCCAUGGUGUCUUCCACUCCGUCUACGCCAGUUUCCCUUCACCAUCUACAAGGGAAGUUUCCUUGUCCAGGAGGAGUGCAGCUCUCGCCUCCAUCUCAUUAGCAACCCCUCGUAAGGGAUACUGUUCUCUCUAAAGUGAUGUUCACUUACAGGGUACACAAAAUAUACUAAACGUCAUCUUAUUGGACAUGUGAUACACGUUACUGAACGUACCGGGUAAUUGAUCACUUAUUUGUAAAUACCAACUAAUCUAUUCACUUUACUGGUAUCAAUGUGUAUCUUAUUUUAUAAUUUGUAUUUCGCGCCUCUUUUGUAUGUGCGUUUGUAUAUGCCUAUGUUAAUAAAUAUAAUAAUAAAUAUUGUGGUUUAAA